AUGACAUCAGCUGCAAGCGCACAACUUGGGAUCUCUGCUCUACAGCCCAUGGAUACUACAGCUUUGCUCACGAAGCCAUUAGACAUGGAGUCCUGCUUGCGUACAGUUAAAGAUGCCGUUAGAAAGCCCCAAAAGGUUCUUAAGCCUAGAGGUACUCUUAAGGCCCAGGUUGGGAUAAUUUUGGACCAGCGUAGCUAUCUUAGUGAGAGCCAACCACUGUCAUAUGGUGCGGUCGGCGAAUGUGCAGUCUCUUGGGGUAUCAAGCAAAGUGGAUUCUCUGAAGAAAAUUCGCUUAUUUGGCCUUUUCCAUUCACCCAGGAAAUAACCAAGCUAUCAACAUCUCUUUUCUUCAAGCAGAUGAAGCCAGAUGAUGCUAAUAUUAUUUGCAAAGCCAACAAGGGUCUUAUCCAAGCAAGCAACCUACGGAUCAUCACUAAAAGUGAUGCUGAAGUUACACGGCUCCUAGACCUAGGGCGCCAGAUUCGAGGAGUAGGUGAGUUUUAG